UCCAGAGAGGGAGCAGCCAGCAGCAGCAUCCAGCUCACUGUCUCUGGUAAGAUCAGACUGUGGAGUUAGUGUUGAUGAAGCUGUGUGGAAAUGGAUGAAAUGCUGUAAAUUGUCUUUGUCACCAGCUCCACACCCACAGCGGAGGCUGCUGUGAACACACAGGCUAGUAAGCACGGCAACCAAUGAUGGCAGAUAAACAGCUAUGGCACAUUCACUGGUAUGGACGAAACAUCAACGAUAUGCUUUACAUUGACUAUGGCCUGCCCAUACUUUAAAUAUUAACUUGGUCCUCAAAUCAUCAGCACAGCGCCAUUAUCACAGACAUUGGCACAGCUGCAGGACACUGGCAAUCUUGAUCAACGGUACACGCUGUGUGGGGAAGGGGUGUGAGCAGCGUGUAAAUGAGCAUGAUUGACUCUUCAACAACAUUCCUCCUGGAUUUUAUUGGUUGGUUCUGGCUGGGAGUGGUGUAAUCCUGCAAAUGGCAGUAGAGGGAGCCAGAAGAGCUUGACUUACCAGUUAAUGCAUAUAGUAUAUUUAAAAAAAAGAAGAUUUGUAAAGAUAAAGUAAUUUUUAGUAUUCUUUCCAAUCUUACUUAACCACAGGUACCAAACUACAUGUCUCCAUGGUGAUAAGGCUGCCCACCAGUCUGAGAAUGGGAUGGGGGAUGAUGAUUAUGAUGUCACCACCAAGCAUCACUUCUGAGCUGAAAAUAUUUUUUCAUCACUCUCUGCUACUGCUGGUUAUCUGCUUCCUCUUCCAAUCCAGAAUAAACUAUGAGUCGUUCUACAGACACUGCAGAAUGGAGGGAACAUCUGUCCACAGGCUGCUGGCUCUGAUCUCUCUGCUGAGCUGCUCAACAAACCAAGCGCUCACAGCUGGUCUGACUGUGAGUCCCAGCAGAUCUCAGUUCUUUGAAGAAGACUCUGUGUCUCUGAGCUGUGAGGAACACAGCUCUGCUGGAUGGACUGUGAGGAGAAACACAACCAGAGAAACCAGAACUCAGUGUGGAGAUAAAUGGGGGAAACCAGCUGGCUUAACCUGUAACAUCAUCUACAUCAUCCAAGGUGAUACUGGAGUGUACUGGUGUGAGUCCAGAGAGGGAGCAGCCAGCAGCAGCAUCAACCUCACUGUCUCUGGUGGAUCAGUGAUCCUGCAGAGUCCUGUCCUCUCUGUGAUGGAGGGAGAUGACGUCACUCUGAGCUGUCAAACAAAGACUCCCUCCAACCUCCCAGCUGCUUUCAUUAAAGAUGGAGUCUUCAUCGGCAGUGAGUCUUCAGGUCAUAUGACCCUCCACCAUGUGACCAGCUCUGAUGAAGGCCUCUACAAGUGUAACAUCAGUGGUCAUGGAGAGUCUCCAUCCAGCUGGAUCUCUGUCUCAGAAAAACCUCCAACCACAGCUCCACCCGUCUCUCUAGAUCCUACCCCUGCCUCAGCUUCUUCUCACCUGUGGUUCAUGCUGGUCUGCCACCUGGUGGUCUUCUGUCCAUACUUCAUCUCCACUCUCCUCCUGGUGUCUUUGCAUCAACACAGAGCUGCAGUAAGAAAUGACCCGCCUGUUGCCAUGGUGAUGACUCCACCCACCCAGGCUGAGCAGGGAUUGGAUGAUGAUUAUGAUGAUGUCACCACAGAGCAUCACUUCUGAACUGAUCAGAUUAUCUCCUCCUGCCUGUUUUCAUCUUUUUCCACUUGUUUGAAAACUAUCUGAACACAUAAUAAUGACUUCCUUAGACCACUAACAUUCACUAACUGGGAAUAAUUGACCAACUGAGUUGCACUGUAUUAUAUAAGACUGGUCUUGCAGCAAGAAGUUCCCGGGUUAGAAUCUGAGGCUGGGGUCUUUCUGCAUGGGAUUUGUGUGUUCUCUCUCAGUGAAUGCAGGGGUUCUCUCUGGGUACUCUGGUUUCCCCAACAGUCUAGAAAUAUAACUGUUAAGUUAACUGGUCUCUCUAGAGUGCCUUAGGUGUGAUUGUGUCCAAGGUUGUUCCCCCUGUGUGUCUCUGUGUUGCCCUGAGAUGGACUGGCAACCUGUCCAGGGUGUACCUGUCACCCAGUAGCUGCUGGAGACUCCAGCUCCCCUGUGACCCUGGAUGAACAAGCAGGUGUAGACAAUGGAUGAAUGUAUUAGAAUAUGGAUGAAAAUGUUAACUUGUAAUUGCAUCAUAAUCUGAUGACAUAACUGAGCUGAAUUGAAAAUAUUUGAAUUAACCGAUAAGUAGUUUUGCCAUCUGGGCUUUUCUAUCUCACUCUGAACUUUAUCCAUUUAUCAGACAUUUUUAUUGAAAUAUCGUACAACUUAGUAACAACAUUCACAUCUCAGUUAAACAAAAGGACCUAGAAAUCCACUAAACACCAGCAGUUAAGACAACAGUUCAGGUGGAGCUGAUAUAGAAGGUCAGGGUGAAGAAUAAUAGGUCUGAUGAGCUACAGGUUCGCCAGGCAAUGCUAAUAAAGACAAACUACAGUGGUGAA